CCUCUGGCUCAGAUCACAUGAAGGGACUGAAGGGACCUCUGCUGAAGAGGAAGCUUCACUUCAGUCGGACAGUCAGACUCUACUGCUCCUUUGUGACCAAAGAGCUUCUGCUGAGUAAUCCAAAGUACCAUUUCUGGACUGAAUACAUUGCUCCAUUGGAGCUGGAGAGUCCGACUCAGAUUUCUUUAGUGGACGAGGCCUCAGGAGAGAAAGAAGAGAUUGUGGUGACGCUGCUUCCUGCAGGUCAUUGUCCCGGCUCCGUGAUGUUCCUGUUCGAGGGUUCUCAGGGAAACGUGUUGUACACAGGAGACUUCAGGUUCGCUGCUGGAGACGCGUCCAGAAUGGAACAUCUGCACUCCGGCAGCAGGGUUAAAGAUAUUCAGAGUGUUUAUCUGGACUCAACUUUCUACGACCCGCGCUUCUAUCAAAUACCCACUCGAGAGGUGUGUCUGAAGGGCAUCUCAGAGCUCAUCGGUAACUGGAUCAGUCAGAGUUCAUAUCAUGUCGUGUGGCUCAACUGUAAAGCUGCGUAUGGAUACGAAUACUUGUUCACCAACCUGGGAGAAACGUUCAACACACAGAUCCAUGUCAACAACCUGGGGAUGUUCAAGAAGAUGCCAGAGAUCCUGAGCUACGUGACGACUGACCGCAGGACUCAGAUUCACGCCUGUCGACACCCAAAGGAUGAGGAGUACUUACAAGGCAACAGGCUGCCGUGUGGUUGCACAGCCGGCGACGGGACUCGUCUUCAAAUCAUCAGCAUCAAACCGUCGACCAUGUGGUUCGGGGAGAGAACCAAGAAAACCAACGUUGUAAUAAAAACAGGAGCCUUUUCCUACAGAGCCUGUUUCAGUUUCCACUCCUCCUACUGUGAGCUGAAAGACUUUCUGACGUAUCUUCAGCCCGUCAACAUCUAUCCCAGCGUGAUCCCUGUUAAUCGGACACUGGCUGAGGUCACACAGAUGUUGAAGCUGAUGUGCAGGAACCAAUCUGAUCAGCCAGCGUUUGUUUACAAACCUCUGGGAGUCCUGAAACGCAGCCGGAUGGAGCGACCUACCUACG